ACAAAAGCAGAACGAAGUGAACGAACAUCGAAGCGAAAAUAAAUUUGUUAAUUUUACUCGCGAUGUUAUUCUGAAAUAAAAAUGGAAUACCGUAGUACAAUUGAUCAGAGAUAUUCUAGUGAUGUGAGUAACCGUGAGCGCGAUAUACCGUCGUUUAUUGAGCCUCAGCCUCCUUUAAUUUUGAAUCCUUUUAUGCGUCCUCGUCCUCAGAAAGGUACGAAUUUGUUGGAGUUGUUUGAAGAGGAUGAUUCGGUAGAGGAGGAGAUUCCGGAAUUGGUGCAAGUGUACUUGAGGCUGAAGCCGUCGAAUGUGCCUAGCAGUUUGUAUGAAGUCCGGUCAGACCAGUGCCUCAUCACCUCAGUGGAUACGGCGACCGCGGGUCAUGGCCGCCGCACGCAGCACAAUGUGUGCAAAAUGUACAGUUUCUCACAUAUAUUUGGACCGGAUGCCAAUCAGGAAGAAAUUUUCGAGCAUGUAGUAAAAGGCAAUCUCCGCAAGCUCCCAGAUGGGCACAGUUUCACCCUCCUCACAUAUGGAGCAUCAGGUUCCGGGAAGACGUACACACUCAUGGGUACCGUGAAGGCCCCAGGGCUGGUGCCACGGUCACUAGAGUAUGUGUUCAAGGUUGUGGAGGCUGCGCAGAUGCCGCUGUAUCGGCCGGGGGAGAGCCGGGCUAACAAGCUUACUUUAGCAGAGCAGGGGUAUGAACUACAGUGGGUUCGUAACCUAAGGCAUUUGUCAGCGCCACUGCGCGAGAAAUAUCGGCGAAUGAGUACGAGACUCGUCAGUGAUAUGAGUAGGAGCACUGUUGACCUCAGCAAGAGAACUAAGCAUUAUGUUUGGGUUUCAUUUGUAGAGAUCUACAACGAGGCCAUAUACGACUUGCUGGUGACUACCGAUCGUACUGCGGCCUCUAAACUGCGCAUUCGGGAAGAUCCCUCGGGAAAUGUUUAUGUUAAGGCGACAACUCAGGCCUUCGUCCGCACAGGCCAAGAGGCCUACGACGUGAUGGUCGCUGGGAAACACAACCUGCAGGUCCACGCCACGGGCGUCCACGCGCAGAGCUCCCGGUCACACUGCAUAUUCACCAUUACCAUGCUCACCGAGACAGAAUCGGGCGUCCGCUCGUCGCACGUGCGGCUGUGCGACCUGGCGGGCUCGGAGCGCGCGCGGCGCACGCGCAACACGGGCGCGCGCAUGCAGGAGUCGCGCGCCAUCAACUCCUCGCUGCACGUGCUCGAGAGGUGUCUGCACACACUCCGGAGGAAGCAGACCACCAAACAGGACUUGGUUCCUUACAGGGAAUCGAAGCUGACUCGCCUCCUAGGCACGGGUCUCUCCGGGACCCGCGGCGAGGCGGUAAGCAUGGUCGUGACACUAAACCCGGCGCCCGAGUACGCGCACGAAACCCGACACGUGUUGCAACUAGCUGCCGUCGCUAGGGACAUACAGGUGAACAACACGAUAGCGGAGUCUAUAUCGACAUUGGAGAACAGUUGUUCUACGAUACAAGACACCACGAUCGCGAGCAGCGCCGAGGUGACCAGGCUCAGAGCAGAAAAUGAGAGGCUACAUUAUGAACUAGUGCAAGCCGAGUCACUAAACCGGAAGUUGAUGGAGGACAUGGCGGAACAACAACAGGAAAACGCGGUCACGGUUAAAGAGCUGGUGGAAGAGGCUCGCGAUAUCACACAGCAGUACUACAAGUCGCAGCUUCGGAGUCUCGAGGAGCGACAUGAGGCCGAGAUGGCUGAGUUGCGGGAGGAAUAUGAAGCCAGACUUAAUCAGUCUGCUAAGCCUGUGGUCGCGGAAGAAGGGACGCCUUCGCGAGCUUUACAAAAUAAGGUCAUGCAGCUAAUGAAGCAAAUUGCAAUAUUGGAGGAGGAGUUAAACGCGGAGCGGCUAGCGCGGGCGCGGAUGGUGGAAGAGAUGCUACAUCUGAGGACCUGCAUCGAGGAGAGAGACGAGAAAGCUUCCGAUGACCAAGACGACGCGAUACAGCUGACAGACAGUGAAGACGACAGCGACCAAGAGGACGAUCUGUGCAACGAAAGCCUCGAACCUACUUUCAAAAAAGAAGAUAUCAACCGCUCAAGACUCAUACGUCAAAGCACACUCAACAACACCAGAAACACCACCUUUGAUAACUUAGACAGAACACACGAUACGCUCAAAGACGAAAGUGUCGCGGACGCUACGUAUGACGUUAGUAAGAAAGAUACUACUAUAACUGAAGCUGAUGAAUAUGAUGCGUCUAAUGAUACGUAUAACCAAUCCAUAGAUUGUCCGGCUACAGUAAAAAAGGCUGGAGUGAUUAAAGCUGAAGAGAACGAUAAUUUAAAAGUUGAAAAACACAGCGCUAGAGAUACUUAUUUUGUUAGAAAUUCUAGUGUAAGCUUAAAUGAGAAAGAAGAUUCAGUUCAUGACUCAGGACAUAUUGCUGAUAUAAGUGUUUCUUUACGAGAUGACGAUGAUCUGAAAGAUUUCAGUAUUAUUGGUGAUGUAGUAAAACCAAGUAAGAGUAUUGUAACUCAAAUCGAUCGUAUUAAGAAGUUUGCAAUUAGCACGGCGUCGACUAACAGCUCCCUUGCGCAGUUUGAAAUGUUAGAAAUGGAAAUGAACGAUAAAUCUGUGUUCAAAUAUUCUGAUGAUGGAACUGCCAAGAAAUCUAUAAGCAUGAGUCGAGGAAAGAAGGUUAAGAAGCCUUAUUUUGACGACGAACAACCGACCCCAAAUCAAAUAUCCAAGGUCAAAGAUUUGAUGAAAAAACAAGAUGUUUUGAGGUCGCCAUCCAUAGUCCAGGAUGAAAUUCCAGAAAACUAUAAACCAACUACUAUCAACAAAAUUAUGCGCGAGAGUUUCACAGUAACCACCGAACUACCUCCUUUGUAUAAAAACAAAAUAUUAAAGAAAAUGCAUGAUUCCAUAGAUCCGUUUGAAGGUGCCGAUUCGCCGUGCCCAAUUAAAGACGUACUGAAGAAUGUGGAGGACGCACGAAAAUCAAUUGCAGAAAUUUCCCUAGAUAGCAAAGAAAAAGUUUCAAAAGCAGAAACUGUGAAGGAUUUGGUUGAAAUAAAAAUUAAAACAGAAAUUAUGGAAAAUGAUGAUCAAAAUGAAAUCGAAUCAGAAAUUAAUGAAGAUGCUGUUGAAACAAAACUUGGCAAUGAAAGUAAAAUUAAUGAUGCUGCAGCUAAUAAAGAAGAUAAAAACACUAUUGAAAAGGAUUCAGAUACCCAGUCGACUGCAGGUGAAAUUAAAUUUACUGAAAAUACUACUGACAUGGAUGUAAAGCAUGAUCUUUUAACCGAAGUUAAACAAGAGGUAACUGACACAGAAAAUGUUGAAAAAGAAACCGAAAAUGAACCCACAUCUGAAGAACUUCCAAACGAAAUCAAUUCACUAAACGACAUUACCUCUUCAAAUCAAACAAUAGCAGCCGAUAAUAACACUAUUGAUGACUUUGAGAACAUUUACAAAGACAUAACGAUGCCAAGAGCAACUGAAUUCAAUCUUCUUAUUUCUGAUAAAUCUCUGGAUACUACGAAUGUAAAUCAGACUAAUAAAACCGAAGAAAUCUCGGAAAAAGCGAAUGAAAACAAGGAAGUGAGAACUGAGAAAAAUGAUAAUAAUAAGGGAACUGUUGAAGAUGAUUUGAAUGACAACAAUAAUCAAGCAAUUGAAAACCAGGAAACGAACACAGAAAAUGUUGAAAAAGAAACCGAUAAUGAACCCAAAUCUGAAGAACUACCACACGAAAUCACUUCACUAAACAACAUUACCACUACAAAUCAAACAAUAGCAGAGGAUAAUAACACUACUGAUGCUUUUGAGAAUAUUUACAAAGAUAUAACAGUGCCAAGAGCAACUGAAUUUGAUCUUCUGAUUUCUGAUAAAUCUUUAGAUACUACGAAUGUAAAUCAGACUAACAAAAUCGAAGAAAUCUCGGAAAAAGCGAUUGAAAAUAAGAAAGUUACUGCUGAGAAAAAUGAUAAUAAUAAGGGAAGUGUUGAAGAUGAUGUUAAUGACAACAACAAUCAAGAAAUUGACAAAGAAAAUAAAGAAACAAAUGUUGAUGUUAACGACAACAAUAAUCAUGAAAUUAAACAAGAAAAUCCUAAUGAACCUGAAACCAAGAUUAAGUACAAUCUCCGCCACAAAACCCAAAACACCAGUAAAACAGACAACGAUGAAACAACAGAGAAAGCCGCUCCAAGAACUGCUAAGAAGUCCCUAAGAUUGAGAAGAAAGAAUAAAGUAGAUGAAACGGCAGAAGAUGAAAUUAAGUUAAAGGAUAUAGUGAACUUGCAGAAGGAGUUUUCUGAUGUGACGAUGGACGUGCCGGCGCCGGUGAAGGUGGUGGAAGAAAUGCCUUCGCCGGAGAAAAGUGAGAGUGAAGAUCUGCCACCGCUGAUGGGAAUUCAGAGCUGUCCGUCUAAGAGUGUGACCCGCAGCCGCCGCAAACUUUUUACCCCGCGAGCGGAGCCGUUAGACGAGUCCCCGCCCGCGGGCGACAGCACGGAGCGGGUCCGCGUGCCGCGGCCCAGCUACCACCGGCCUAGAACUCGUCGGCGACUUAACUGAUGACUUUGCCUGUGCAUAAAAUGUAACAUAUUCUAUUU